UCUGGGACUGUUGUUAUUCUCCAGCCACACGCCCGCCCCAGGCAGUUGGCCGGGAGACCCGGACCUGGUCGGUUGGGGUGCGGCCGGCCUCAUCAGCUUCUGGCUCCCGGUUCCCUGAAGUUGUCGCGGGAGCUGGCACUGCUACGCAGCCGCUGGACUCUGAUGCCCUUCAGUGAGGAGGGGGCGCCCGGACCUAGGUGAACGCACCCAGGCCCCCCCUCCUCUCCCCGAACUCGAUAUCUUCGCCGGCCUCUCAGGUUCACGAACCCCCACUCUGACUGCCAUGGCUGAAAACGCAGAGGGAGACCUGAACUCCAACCUGCUCCACGCCCCUUACCGCACCGGGGACCCUCAGCUGGACACGGCCGUCGGGCAGUGGCUCCGCUGGGACAAGAAUCCCAAAACAAAAGAGCAGAUUGAGACUCUGUUACGGAAUGGGAUGAACAAGGAACUACGAGAUCGUCUUUGUUGCCGGAUGACUUUUGGAACUGCGGGGCUUCGAUCUGCCAUGGGGGCAGGCUUUUGUUAUAUUAAUGACCUUACAGUAAUACAAUCAACACAGGGAAUGUACAAAUAUCUAGAAAGAUGUUUUUCAGACUUCAAGCAGAGAGGCUUUGUUGUUGGAUAUGACACUCGAGGUCAAGUAACUAGCAGCUGCAGCAGCCAAAGGCUUGCUAAACUCACUGCUGCAGUCUUGCUGGCUAGAGAUGUUCCUGUUUACCUUUUUUCAAGAUAUGUUCCUACACCUUUUGUACCAUAUGCAGUCCAGGAGCUCAAAGCAGUUGCAGGCGUGAUGAUUACUGCAUCUCACAAUCGCAAGGAAGACAAUGGAUACAAGGUUUACUGGGAAAAUGGUGCUCAAAUAACAUCACCUCAUGAUAAAGAAAUUUUGAAGUGUAUAGAAGAAUGUGUGGAACCCUGGAAUGGUUCAUGGAAUGAUAAUUUAGUGGACACCAGCCCAUUGAAGAAGGACCCACUGCAGGACAUUUGCAGGAGAUAUAUGGAAGAUCUGAAAAAGAUCUGUUUUCACAGGGAAUUAAAUUCAAAGACCACCUUAAAAUUUGUGCAUACAUCCUUUCAUGGAGUUGGACAUGAUUAUGUGCAACUGGCUUUUCAAGUGUUUGGUUUUAAGCCUCCAAUUCCAGUACCAGAACAAAAAGAUCCUGAUCCAGACUUUUCUACUGUUAAAUGCCCAAAUCCUGAAGAAGGAGAAUCUGUGCUGGAACUUUCUCUGAGACUGGCAGAGAAAGAAAAUGCCCAGAUAGUGCUUGCCACAGAUCCUGAUGCUGACCGACUGGCAGUGGCAGAACUUCAGGAGAAUGGUCAUUGGAAAAUUUUCACUGGGAAUGAGUUGGCUGCUUUGUUUGGGUGGUGGAUGUUUGACUGCUGGAAGAAGAAUAGAUCAACAAAUGCUGAUGUGAAGAACAUUUAUAUGUUAGCCACCACUGUCUCUUCUAAAAUUUUGAAGGCAAUUGCCCUUAAGGAAGGAUUUCAUUUCGAAGACACUUUACCGGGCUUUAAAUGGAUUGGAAGUAGGAUAAAAAACCUCCUGGAAAAUGGGAAAGAAGUCCUUUUUGCAUUUGAAGAGUCUAUUGGUUUCCUGUGUGGAACCUCAGUUUUGGAUAAAGAUGGGGUAAGUGCAGCUGUUGUUGUUGCUGAGAUGGCAUCUUAUCUGGAAACUAGGAAUGUAACCUUGAAGGAGCAACUGAGAAAAAUUUAUGAGAUAUAUGGUUAUCACCUGUCAAAAACUUCCUAUUUCUUGUGUUAUGAUCCACCUACUAUCAAAAGUAUAUUUGAAAGGCUUCGCAAUUUUGAAUCUCCAAAAGAAUAUCCAAAAUUUUGUGGAACAUUUGCAAUAUUGCAUGUACGGGAUAUUACUACUGGAUAUGACAGCAGCCAGCCAAACAAGAAAUCAAUACUGCCAGUGAGUAAAAACAGCCAAAUGAUUACAUUUACUUUUCAAAAUGGCUGUGUUGCCACUCUUCGGACAAGUGGGACAGAACCAAAGAUAAAGUAUUAUGCAGAGAUGUGUGCAUCACCUGACCAGAGUGACACGGCCUUACUGGAAGAGGAGUUGAAGAAACUCAUUGACGCUCUGGUAGAAAAUUUUCUGGAGCCCAAUAAGAAUGGCCUGAUCUGGCGCUCCGUGUAGGCGCUGCAGCUUGUCUUGACUUUGCACUGGUGUGUGGAAAGAACCUCCAGGAACUCCAUGCAUUCAGCCUGUGUUAGCAUUCUUGCACUGUCUCAUCUGGCCAAGUAUCCUGUUUCUUUCCUAUGUUUUUUUGUUUUGUUUUGUUCAGGUGGCUAAACAAACUGUAUAGCAUUGAAAUGAAAAUGUCUGGAAGGGUAUGAUUCAAAUCUUUUCAUGAAGUCCAUUACAUUAAAAGUGUUACAGUGA